GAAUGUUCCGUAGGAUACCCCUCGGGAGGUUUCUGACGCGAAAAAUCCAUAAUCAAACCAAUGGGCUGAUUGUUCCAACAACAAAUGUUCAAAAGCAACAAAAACGACAGAUUCUGUUCAAAAUGGGGAAUGAGACGCCGGCGCGAGUGGUUGGAUAUUAUGUUGUAUUUCCCGUAAUUCCCGAGGAAACCGUGGAGAACAACUGCUUCAUGUACAAUAUCGCUAAAAAUGAAGAUUGGCCGAAAUUGGCCACCGCCGAGCCCAGGGAACUGUAUGAAGGAACCGUUCGAAUGCUCAUGGACUACGGAGCCACUGUAAUGGAGCACAUGGAGCAUCUUGCAACGUUACCAGCAGAAGAGCGAAAGUUUGAAAACGUCGUAGAACCAUUGCUUACGGAGGAAUACGAGGUCAAUUUCGCUUUCCAGACACUUGUGCUGAAAAUGCUCACGGAUUGGCCUGAUUGUAACCGAAAACUCUUCGAUGCGGACCUUCACCAUAUCAAAAUCAUGUGUGCCCGCGAUCAAAUGGAGAAGUUAACCAACAAGGACUUCCAGGACGCCAUCAAGCAGCUUUAUGAGGCAAAAGAUGGACUUUCCGAGUGGCAAUCGAGACUAUUGGAGUGGUAUUUGCUCGAGAUAAAAGCUUCUGGAUUGGACAAACACGACGAUAAAACGCGUAAGGUUCUCGGAUCCUGGAGCAAAUUUGUCGACGAGUACAGGAGCAAGUAUAUCACCGGCGUGAUGUCAACCAACGAUCAGCAGACAUUUGUCGUGACGGACCAAAAAGUGAUAAAAGAUGCACCUCCACAUGUUUUACAGAAGCUCGCUGUUGAUGAACAAAACUGGGAAUCAGGACCAUGGCGUGGACGUAUGACACCUCACACAAUCUACCCAUUUAUGCAAUAUUGUGGAGAUCGUCAAUUGAGAGCCACCGCAUGGGAGAAAUGGACGAGUAAAGCUGGAUUUGAUCAUGAUUUCUACAAUAAUUCAAUCAAUAUCGAGGAGUUGAGACAUAAUAACGAAGGACUCGCCAAAACGCUUGGAUAUUCAUCUGUUGCUGAGCACCGACUUGCGAAUAAAAUGGCUGCCUCGCCGGAGACAGUUAGAGGAUUUAUCAAUGCUCUUCAACGUAGAAUCCGGCCUGUAGUGAUUGAUCGUAUGGAGUCCUGGUCCGCAUGGGCUGGACGUUGUGAGCUUAUCACUGGCGAGCUUCAGGCCUAUGAUAUGCCAUAUGUGUGCAGAAAAGAGGCAGAGCAUCAUUAUGAUGUCAACCCACUGGACCUAAUGAAUCACUUCCCAUUCUGGCCAACAUUCCAAAAUAUAAUGGGAGUCAUCGGACAUAUUUUCAAUUUGGAAUUCAAAGAUAUCACCGAUAAGGGACUCGAAAAAGCGCAUGCUGACGUCCGGAUCUACUCGGUUGGCGACAAGUUCAGCGGACAACACUAUGGAAGAUUAUACAUUGAUCCAUAUGAUCGACAGAAUAAACGAGGAGGAUGGAAUGUUAUGCUUGCGAGACCGGAAUCCAAAGAACGAGGUCUCGACAAGAUUGUGUACUUCAUCGGCUCAGCAAUUGCUCCAACUUCCAACGGACCGUCUCUUCUCCAUCACCAGCAGCUUCAGCAACUUCUUUUCCAUUUUGGCCGAAGUGUGCAGCUUCUUCUAUCACAAUCUCCAUACCGUGAUAUUUCAAUUCCAUGGUCUCCAUUCUACGCAUCUGACUGGGAUGCAGCUGACAUGUUCCCAACAUUCUUGCAAAUGUUCGUCACGAAGCCCAAUCUCCUUGCAACAAUUAGCUCUCCGCAUCAGAUCACAAAGCAAUCGUUGACCGAAGAGCACGCAAACUCGGUGGCUCUUACGAUCUCACGAGCAUCACUCUGGGAAACCUACCGUACCCUCUUCUGGUCGGACUUUGAUCUGUCGAUUUACGAGAUGGAGGACAGGAAGCAAAAGUUCUGGCUGGAUAUGUACAAACAAAUGUAUGAGGAGUAUUUCCCGUUCAAAAGAGCCAAAAAUGACUAUCAACCGUGCUCAUUCACACCGAUUUUUGCUCUUCAACCACAUAUGAGCAUGUAUUAUAGGAAGCUGUGGGCUGAGAUGCUCGCCUUAGAUAUCCAUGAGACAUUUGACGAGGAAGACAAUGAAGUGCAAACGGGAGAACGAUUGAAAACGACAAUAUUGAAUAGAGGAAGUGGAGAUGUUGCGAAGGAAUUGUUCAAAAGAUUCCAGGGCCGAAAUCCAUCAGUCGGAGCCAUCUGUGAUCACUACGCCCCACCAAUGGCCAUUCAAGAUGAAAUGGAAAUGUCGGAGAAUCAGAGACGAUGAAAAUUCCCCCCCGGUUUUUGGAGAUUUUCCAUCUCUUUUUCGCUUCUCACCGGGUUUUCACAUAUGUUUAGAUGAUUUUUUUUCUGUUUUUGUUAUAUUUUUUUGAUAGUCUUAAGAAGAAAUAGGGUCUCAUAGAUUGUUCUCUGUUAUUUAAUGUUUUUCCCCUCAUUUUUAAUUUUUGUUUUACUUCAGUAAUGAAUUCUUUUCUUUU